AUGGAUCCUGCUAUCCUCACACGUAUGCUAGCUCACGCACAGAGCGAGAACUUCCUAGGAAAUGUUCAACCCACCUCGCUAUCAUAUCGCAGCUUUGACAGCGCUAACAGCCAGUGCUUGCGUGGCUCUUGGGUCUCUGUGAACGAUCGCAUGACUGUCAGUGAUGUGGCUUUCAUUGGUAUCAUCACUUUGGCCAAAAUGGGUCACUAUGGCAAUCAACUCGCGGCUCCUUACGCUGCAUGGAGGGAGCAAGGUCGUGCCAAAGUCAAUUCGACCAAAUACCAGCUCCUUCUGGCUCCUGCGGCAGUGAGGGAGGCAUUCACGGACCAAAUGCUCGGGUUAAUUCGCCUCAAAAACGCGAGUGGCUUAGGGCACCACAUAGAAGGCGGGUGGUCGUUCACUGGACAGAGCGAGAGUGGGGUGCCUCAUAUUCAUGUUUUCCUCCAACGCGCAGCACCAAUGGAUCUCGCCACAGAGAUCCACAUGCCCAAUUCCAACAUGCGCAUUACGCUGCGUUUCGGACUCUUUGAGAUCGGAACACCAGAAACAUGUAUUUUCGGCGGAUGUCCGGUCGCAAGAGUCUGUGGGCUCGUUCUGACCAAGCUUCGAAUGAAAUAG